CACUGUCAUCUGUCAGCCUUAGUUAAACUUUUUUAAGUUUAACGUCGCAAGAAACUUUUUACUGGAAUCUUAAAGAUGGACCCUGCGGGACAUCCAAAUUUGUAUUUUUAUGACAAAAAAAACGUAUACCAAACCUACGAUUGCAGCUAACUCUUCCUUAGUAUGUAAAUGUAUAGAUUGGUUCUGAUAUCAAUUGUGUAAGAAGCUUGGAAAAUCCUGUUCCAUGAACCAGAUUGCUUACGUCCGGAGAAUCUUCGAGACUACGAUGGGUGGAAGAAAUUGGAGUUGGGAUGAGAUAUAGACCAAAUUUCUGUUAGAUAAAGAACAAAAAGCUAAUAAAUUCUAAAAUUCAGGAAAUUAUGAACUUAAGAAGUUACCGUUCGGAGCAAACAUAAGUCCGGACAGUUUUCAAAGUAUAAUACCCGUUGCUCUCAGUUACAGCCUUCGGCUAAUGGGUAAACCAUAGCUCUGCUACGUCAAAACAGAACCUCGUGAAGCGACUUUAGUCACAUACUACACCGAAUUGUUUUGACUAUAGCAGAAAAAAGCUCUCUACAAAUAACUGAGUCUUUCGUCGGGAAGAAGGAUCAUCAUAGAUUCGCACUCGCUCUUCAACCAUCCCAGCUUCUACCAGCACGUCCAAAGAUUAACGAAUACCCUUAUCAAUUCUUAUUAGCGAAUCUAAAGAAAUGAAACCUUUCUAGCUGCCAGGCAUUCAAUACCUUCUGUGGCAUACGGAUUACGACUGGCAGUACACAGCGGAACGCUCAAAUCUUUCCAGCCUCAGCAUAGUGAAUGGAACCUACUAUCCUCGGGGGAAGAUGCUAGGCGGAAGCAGUGCAAUCAACCAUAUGAUAUAUAUCCGUGGCAAUCCGUGGGAAGAAGUUUUACCGUAUUUCAUCAAAUCUGAAAAUAAUAGGAGUCCCAAAGUUGCGAAUGCUUAUGGAGGAAGAUAUCAUGGAGUUGGAGGAUAUCAGAGUGUGGAUUUCAUGCCGGAGUCCUUACCUUAUGACUCAAUACUAAUGAAGGCUUACAAAGAAUCGGGUUACAGCCAGUUGGUCGAUUUUAACGCAGUCGAGCAUAUCGGGUAUGGUAGGGCUCAAUUUAUCAUCGAAGGAGCUACGAGAGCUAGUAGCGCUAAGUCCUUUCUGAAGCCAGUGAAAAAUCGCAAAAAUUUGCACAUCAUCAAGAAUGCGUUUGUUACAUCUUUGCUUUUCGAUUCGGACAAUACAGUUCGAGGAGUCAAUUUAAAGAUACAAGGAAAACAUGUCAUGCAGGCUAUAACAAGGAAAGAAGUUGUUCUGUCGGCUGGAGCUUUCAACACCCCACACAUUCUUAUGCUAUCAGGAAUUGGCACAAGAAAACAGCUGGAUGUGCUAAACAUUCCUCUCAAGGCAGAGUUGAGCGUCGGGAAAAACUUUCAAGAUCAUGUAUUUGUUCCACUGUUUUAUGGGUUGAAUCAACCUAUCUCGAAUUACUACAAACUUCUUAUAAGGACUAUCUUCAAGGCAGUACGUUACAUUUUCAAUGACAGAGAUCAACUGAUAGUUUUAGAUAGAUUGAGAAACGUGCUGGCUUUUGAGAACACUAAAAAUCAUUCGGCGGAGUUUCCAGACGUUCAAUACUACAGCGCUUACUUCCCCAAAGGGGACUUCACCGCUUUCAAAUUCUUCAAAAUUCAUAACUACGAACCGUACAUAACAGAUUCUUUCAGAAAACAUUUAGCAAAGCAAGAUAUCGCUGGAGUUUUCAUUUCUGCACUCAUACCAAAAUCUAGAGGAAUGAUAAAAAUUGUCUCAACCAAUCCUUCCGAUCAUCUUUGGUUAGAUACCGGUUUUUUCUCCGAGCCGGAAGAUCUUACAACAUUCAUCAGAGCGAUACGCAAUCAGCAACUUUUGUUCAAUUCACCGAUUUUUAAGAAGUACAAAGCUGACAUUAUCAAACUUGACAUACCUGGUUGUGCCAAACAUACCUUUGACUCAGAUCAGUAUUGGCAUUGUUAUGUGAGACAUAUGAGCACAUCUACCUAUCAUCCCUCGGGAACUGCGAAAGUGGGUCCAAAGACAGAUCCGGAUGCUGUGGUAGACUCCCAGCUCCGAGUUCAUGGGAUCAAGGGAUUGCGAGUGAUCGAUGCUAGUAUAUUUCCAAUCAUUCCUAGUGGCAAUACACAUGCCCCGACGAUGAUGGUGGCCGAGAAAGGGUCGGACAUGAUCAAACAGUUCUAUCUGGACUUGUAAAAUGUUUGAG